GGGGCGGGGCGGGGGGGGUGGGGGAGGCAGGUGGGUGGUGGUAAGGGAGGCUCAGGUACCGAGCGGAGACCCCCAGGUGGAGAGGAGGGACCCCCAGGUGUGAAGGGGAAACCCUCAGGUGUGAGGGGGAGACACCCAGGUACCGAGGAGGAAUCCCCAGGUACCGGACGAGGAACCUCCAGGUGUGAAGGGGAGACACUCAGGUACCGAGGAGGGACCCUCAGGUACCGAGGAGAAACCCUCAGGUGUGAGGGGGAGACACCCAGGUACCGAGGAGGAACCCCCAGGUACCGAGGAGAAACCCUCAGGUGUGAGGGGGGAGACACCCAGGUACCGAGGAGGAAUCCCCAGGUAGCGAGGAGGGACCCUCAGGUGUGAAGGGAAGACCCUCAGGUACCGAGGAGGAACCCCCAGGUGUGAAUGGGAGACCCUCAGGUACCGAGGAGGAACCCCCAGGUAGCGAGGAGGGACCCUCAGGUGUGAGGGAGGAACCCUCAGGUACCGAGGAGAGACCCUCAGGUGUGAAGGGGAGACCCUCAGGUACCGAGGAGAGACCCUCAGGUGUGAAGGGGAGACCCUCAGGUACCGAGGAGGAACCCUCAGGUGUGAGGGGGAGACACCCAGGUACCGAGGAGGAAUCCCCAGGUAGCGAGGAGGGACCCCCAGGUACUGAGGAGAGACCCUCAGGUGUGAGGGAGGGACCCUCAGGUACCGAGGAGAGACCCUCAAGUGUGAAGGGGAGACCCUCAGGUGUGAGGGAGGGACCCUCAGGUACCGAGAAGACAUCUCCAGGUGGGAGGGGGACACAGUCAGGUACCGAGAAGGGACUCUCAGGUGUCAAGGAGAGACCCCCAGGUACCGAGGAGAGACCCCCAGGUGUGAGGGAGGGACCCCCAGGUGUGAGGGAGGGACCCCCAGGUGUGGAGUUGAGACCCUCAGGUGUGAGGGAGGGACCCCCAGGUGUGGAGUUGAGACCCUCAGGUACCAGGGAGGGACCCUCAGGUGUGAGGGAGAGAGGUGGAGAGGGGGGAGGUGAGUGUGCAACGGGGUCCAGGUGUGCAACGGGCUCCAGGUGUGCAAUGGGAUCCAGGUGUGCAAUGGGAUCUCAGUGUGCAACAGGAUCCAGGUGUGCAACAGGAUCCAGGUGUGCAAUGGGAUCCAGGUGUGCAAUGGGAUCUGGACUUAAGACUGUGAAAGGAUCCAGGUGUGCAAUGGGAUCCAGGUGUGCAACGGGAUCCAGGUAUAAAAUGGGAUCCAGGUGUGCAAUGGGAUCUGGACUUAAGACUGUGAAAGGAUCCAGGUGUGCAACAGGAUCCAGGUGUGCAACGGGAUCCAGGUGUGUAACAGGAUCUGGACUUAAGACUGUGAAAGGAUCCAGGUGUGCAACAGGAUCCAGGUGUGCAACAGGAUCCAGGUGUAAAAUGGGAUCCAGGUGUGAAAUGGGAUCUGAGCGUGCAACGGGAUCCGAGCGUGCAGUCGCACUCAAGUGUGCAGUGGGAUCCAGGUGUGCAACAGGAUCCAGGUGUGUAACAGGAUCCAGGUGUGUAACAGGAUCCAGGUGUGCAACAGGAUCCAGGUGUGCCAUGGGAUCUGGACUUAAGACUGUGAAAGGAUCCAGGUGUGCAACAGGAUCCAGGUGUGCAACAGGAUCCAGGUGUAAAAUGGGAUCCAGGUGUGAAAUGGGAUCUGAGCGUGCAACGGGAUCCGAGCGUGCAGUCGCACUCAAGUGUGCAGUGGGAUCCAGGUGUGCAACAGGAUCCAGGUGUGUAACAGGAUCCAGGUGUGUAACAGGAUCCAGGUGUGUAACAGGAUCCAGGUGUGCCAUGGGAUCUGGACUUAAGACUGUGAAAGGAUCCAGGUGUGCAACGGGAUCCAGGUGUAAAACGGGGUCCGAGCAUGCAAUGGGAUCCAGGUGUGCAACGGGAUCCGGGUGUGCAAAGGGAUCCAAGUGUGCAACGGGAUCUGGGUGUGCAACAGGAUCCAGGUGUGCAAGGCGAUCCCAGCGUGCAAUGGGUUCCAGGUGUGCCAUUGGAUCCAGGUGUUCAAGGGGAUCCGAGUGUGCAACGGGGUCUGAGUGUGCAAAAAGACCCAGGUGUGCAACGGGAUCCGAGUGUGCAACGGGGUCUGAGUGUGCAAAAAGACCCAGGUGUGCAACGGGAUCUGAGUGUGCAACGGGGUCUGAGUGUGCAAAAAGACACAGGUGUGCAACGGGGUCUGAGUGUGCAACGGGGUCUGAGUGUGCAACGGGACCCAGGUGUGCCACCGGAUCUGAGUGUGCAAAAGGACCCAGGUGUGCCACGGGGCCUGAGUGUGCAACGGGACCCGAGUGCACCCUGGGGCCCGGGUGUGCAAGGGGAUUUGGGCGUGCGAGGGGCCCCGGGCGUGCGAGGGGGCGCGGGCGUGCAAGGGAGCCUCGGGCGUGCGCUGAGUGUGCACCGGGACGUGGACAGCGGGCGCCGGGACGUGGACGUGGGCAUCCGGUGGGACAUGAGCGUGCAACGGGAGCUGAGUGUGCAACAGGAGAUGGAGCUGGGAGCCCGGCGGGAUCUGAGCGUGCAACGGGAGCUGAGCGUGCAGCGGAAGCUGAGCGUGCAACGGGAGCUGGAGGCGCAGAGGAGGGCUGAGUGUGCAACAGGAGCUGGGCGUGCAACGGGAGGUGGAGAUCCAGAGGAAGCUGAGCGUGCAACAGGAGCUGGGCGUGCAACGGCAGCUGGAGCUGGGCGUGCAAUGGGAGCCGGAGAUGAGCGUGCAAGCGGCGCGGUGGGACGUGGAGAUGGGCGUGCAACGGGAGCCGGGCGUGCAAGGACACGUGGGCGUGCAACGGGACGCGCCGCAGGACACGGACACGGGCGUGCCCUGGGAGCCGGGCGUGCAAGGGGAGCUCCUGGGCGUGAAGGGGAGCUCCCGGGCGUGCAACAGGCGGCGGAGGCGGGCGUGCAAGGGGAGGCGAUUGUGCAAGAGGCGGCGGUUGUGCAACGAGACGCGGAUGUAGCGCCGGAGCCGGGCGUGCAAGAGGCGCCGGGCGUGCAAGGGGAGGCGCAGCCGGGCGUGCGAGAGCCCCUGGGCGUGCAAGGGGAGGCGGGGGUGUGAGCGGGCGUGCAAAGGGAGGGGUGGGGUCCCGCCCCCCCGGGCCGGGCACGCGCGCGUGGGGGUGACGGCGGCCCCGGGCACGCGC